CUAAUCUUAUCGCGAAUCGUUUGUAAAAUAAUUUUAAGAUAAAGAAACGAACGACAAAGAACGGAUCAACGCAUUUAAAUCCUUCUAUCCGUCAUAAAAAAAUCUUGUGUAAAAACAAGAUCACUUAAAAUUAAUAAAAUGAACAAAUUAGAACAAGCAAAAAGCGCUAUUGAAGAAGUCACGAAUCAAUGUCUUGAGAAACUCGAGCAAGAUCCUUCAGACAUUGAGUGUCAUUCCGCGCUUGUAUCCACAUUGGAAAAAAUUUUAUGCUCGCCUACAAAUUAUUCAGAGCAAGAACAAGUUGAUCUGUUAAAUAGCUUAAAGUUUUCAAUUUUACCAUUAAAUGAAGAAGGAAAAAAGAUCAAACUUUUAAAACAAAUAUCUUGGGAAUUGUUUACUUUAAUGAUACCUUUUCUUUCAUUAACUCCAAAUUUAGCACAAGAAAUUUUACAAAGCAUUGCACAGCACAACAAUGUUCGAGAGACACAUCUAAUGAUUAUGGAAAGACUUAGCUGGCUUGAAUGGAAGAAUCAAUAUCAUUCUGUAAUGGAAUUUAGCAGUUUAGUCAAUAUUCUAAAAAUAGUUCUAAAUCGAUUGGAUAGAGAGAAAUUGAUUAAUUUUCUUCCGGAGACAAUUAAAGCUAUUGUCUGUAUAUGGCCAGUUUUGGAUAAACUUGAAGAUAAACAUAAAAAUAUUAUUGUUGAUAGUUUGAUACAAUUCACUGAAAUUAUAGCAGAGUUAAUAGAAGUUGAGAAAAAGGAAUUUAAACUUAGUUCUAUGCCAGAAGAGUUGUAUAAUCAAGAAUAUUACUUAACUAAUUAUUUAGUUGUUACUUCUUUUGAAAAAUUUAUUCGAUCUACUCACAUUCCUAUGUCGCCUACAUAUUAUGAGAUGUAUCAUCCAAAAUUUAAUGUUCCUUGGAAACAUAAGCAAAGUUUAGACACUCAAGCUAUUGAUAUCGCGAGACUUGAUAAAUUAAUUAAAACUUCUAUAAAAGCUCAUAUUUCAAUAGAUCAGCUUGUUAAUUACAUCAAUAAUUUUGUAAAAUCACCUGGUAAAUAAAAUAUAACGUUGUUGUAUUUAUCGGUUAUGACAGCAAAUUGUUGAAUACUACUUUUUUACUCAAGAU